AUGUUUGCGGUCACAAAGAUCCACGCUAGCUACAUAACUAAUAUUAAACUGAGACUUGGUCCGCAUCUCCACCAAGUUAUCAAUGUCCUACUCAGUGUAAAUGCGAAGCUUCAAAGCUUCUCUUCAAAACUACUUCCUUGUACCCUUCGAUGUUUUCUCACUCCUAGACGAACUUGGAAAUUUAUUCUUCCACUAAUUUUCUCUUUGUCUAUUCUGGAUGUCAGGUUUGAAUGUCAGAUAUUUAAUCGGUUAUUUCUUUUAACGUAUGUCCUCAGUAUUAUACCAGCUGGAUAUUAUUUCUAUAAACCAGGGCAUAUUAUAUUGACCUUCAUAAUAUGUAAAGCCAAUAUGACUCGGGCCUUGCGCAUUUUAGCAUAUUGGCUACCCGAUGAGAGCUGA